GCUGUCUGAUGAUAUUUGCGAACUUGAAAGAGUUCCAACAGCUCAUACUUGCCCCUUGGUAAACUAAACAGGAGAGCUGAAGAAACGCCUCCUUAAGUCUAGAAUGUCGGGAAUUGACUCAUUUCGUGACUUUUCAAAAAAUCCAUUACAUUGCUGUGGAUUCGUGUUUGUCCAGGUCUUAUGCAGGGUCGUAGGCUUGAUGUUAAUUGUCACAAAUGUAGGUACGCUGUUGUUAUAGAAUUUCGUGUGGCAGAGGUAAAAAGAAUAACCAUAUAAAAGCAUGAUGAGUCAGAUGUUUACAAGUCCUGGUUAUUCUGUUGGGAUGAGUGAUUUUUUUGUGCUGUUACGUUUAAGGGCGUAUGUGAAUAAGGCGCGACAUGAUAAAGAGGUUAUGAUUUCAUACAACCGAGUGAAAUCUUAGUUUAGUCUUUCUGCUGCACGUGACUCAUUUCGGGUCAUUAAAUCAACACGCCGGCAACUAAGACAGGUUUUUAUAGUUAUAGACACUGAAUAAAAACCGCAUGACCACCGGAGAAAUCGCUAACAGGAGGCUGAAGCAAGGGCUGGGUUAUUCUGUAAUACAGGCGACAAUGAAGGAAUCUGGAGCAAUAAGGUCAGCUGACGGCCUAUAGCUAAAAUUGCUGGAAGAUGAGAGUAGGAAACCCUCAUCUGAUACUCUAGUUGAAACUCUGGUAUAUUAAACUAAUAUUGCUACGUUAUUGCCAUAUUAAGACAAUGAGCCUAAGUUGAGUGUUAGUAUCCUUUAGGAAUCAUAAAGGGCGACUGUGGCCACUUAGACUGAGCUGCGCAGAUAUUUCUUCUAUUCAAGUGGACUGAUUCAGUGUAGAGGUUACUGCUGUUCCAGAACAUCAUUAUGGCUCACAGUUAAUGCCUUUGAAUUUACUGACUGUUUCUGACAUUAAGAAUAUGCAAUCAGUCAGGCAAGACACUGACUCCAGUGAGUCAUACAGUGGAGAUGAUGCCUUGGUGCUUGCUGUGGCUUUACACAGAGCUAACAAAAAUCUUGUACCUCACAAAAUUUCAUCAUUUCCUUUCAAGACUAAAUCUAUGUGCCGCAAAAAACGUGAAUUCAUCCCAGAGGAAAAGAAAGACACCAUUUACUGGGAGAGACGACGCAAAAACAAUGAAGCUGCCAAGCGCUCAAGAGAGAAGAGACGCAUUAAUGACAUGGUCCUUGAAAACAAGCUGAUGGCACUUGGAGAGGAAAAUGCCUCCCUCAAGGCAGAACUGCUGUCAUUAAAAAUGAAGUUUGGCUUAGUUAGCGCAUCAGCAUAUACCCAAGAAGUUCAGAAUUUAUCUAGUCCCCUCACGGUAAACCCCCACAAAGAGUUGAUAUCUCCCACUGCUAUCCAGAGUUUAUUCAAAAGAGAUCUUGUACAUGUAGAGCUAAGCAAAAGCUGUGCAUCAGCUAUCAAACACUUACCUCUCAUGUCUGAAACAUGGGGUGCAAGUCAAGCAAGCUUUACUGACUAUAGGACCACAGAUUUUAAACAAGAACCAGAAGAAAAUUCCACCUGGCAGGAAACUAGUACACCAUAUAAACUCUACAAAAAUUGUAAGGUUAGCCAUUUGUCUGAUGUUUACUCACAAGCAGCAUCAUUCAUGCAGACUGCCAGGUCAUCCAGUAACUCGCCCAGGACCUCAGAUGAAAAUUCUUUAUGCAAAGCAUCAGAUGGUGAGGAUGAGCAGCAAGUCCCUAAGGGGUUGGUGCCUUCAGUAGUUGACCAAAAAAGCGUUAUUGUUUCUACUCACAAAGUGCCAGAUGUCAGUUCUUCAGCUUUACCACAUAAACUACGAAUCAAAUCAAGAACCAUCCAAAUUAAAAUGGAGCCAACUGACCCUGAAUAUGAGUCCUCUGGAAAGACUUCUUCUGCCAGCGUUUUAGAAGGAGUGUGUUUCCAGACCACCCAGAACUCCUCAGCAUACAUGCAGCCUUCCCACUGUCCUUUGUCGGUACAGGUGUCCAACAUGCAAGGCUGUAGCCGUGGGUCUGAUAGCAGUGUUUCUACACAGUGGCUGCCAGAAUAAACAAGUCUUAAGCUUAAUACUAGUUCAAAACCAUUGUAAAUUUCUAUGCACAGUCAUAUACUGAGGAUAUUUAUCCCUAAGUGUUGUCACCGUGUCAACAAAACUGACUUCUUUGACAAAAUUAACCACAACAGAGAAAGAUUCUGAAACAAAGUUAGCCAAAAGCAUCAACGCAUAGACUUUAUCAUAAAGAGAUGCCGAUAUUCAGAUCACAAUGAAUAAAAGGAAUGUUCGUAUGAUCUUGUUGUACUUUGGAUUUUAAGUAGUACUUGUGGCAUUGUUAACAUUGAUAUUGAGUAAAUUUUUAAAAACAAAAUGUUAAAUUUUUCCCAGACUGGUGAUUUUUCUUUGGAAAGCACAGUUCAUUAAAGUAUGCUAAGAGACGAUAUCUGUUCUGGUUUGAGGGGUUUAUUCAAUACUACACUUAGAGUUAAAUUAUUUGCCAUGUAUUGUUCUUGUUUAUUUGACAUAAACAAGAGCCUGACAUUCCUGUUGCUCAACCGGUGCAAAUCCAAAAUGUUAUUGGCUGAACUAGAGCAGAGAAGAGCAGCAUGUUGCACUGAGUGGUUGGCUGAUACAGCUCUUUCUCACUCCACAUGACUUCACAUAGAAACACAGAGAUUGGGUAAACAAACUUACUUCAGACGUAAUGAUCUAUUGUGAGACUAAAUGUUAUUUGUUCUAUGAUUACAUAGUUAUCAUAGAACUCCAACUCCACUCCAAGGAUUAAUUGAAUCCUUAAAUCUUCUGUGAGCUUCUGUGAUUUGACAACUCUCUGAUGUAUAUAAAAGGAACAAAGAAUAAAACGCAAUUCAGA